AUGUUUGCCCAGCAGGGAAAGCAAAUCUGUUGCUAUGACUGUGUUCAGUGCCCAAAAGGAAGGAUUUCAGACCAGAAGGAUGCAGAUCAAUGUGAGAAAUGCCCAGAUGAUCACUACCCAAAUGCCUUUCAGGACCAAUGUAUUCCGAAAAAAAUAAGCUACCUAUCCUAUGAGGAGCCCUUGGGGGCAAUUCUGGCCUCCUUGGCUCUCCUGCUUUCUCUGGUCACAGUUGUUGUAAUGGGGACCUUUGGUCUGCACUGGAACACUCCCAUUGUCAAAGCCAACAACUGGGGCAUCACCUGCACCUUGCUCUCUUCUCUGCUUCUCUGCUUUCUCUGCUCCUUCUUAUUCAUUGGCAGGCCUACAAAGGUGACCUGUGUCUUGAGGCAAAGCGUCUUUGGCAUUGUCUUCUCCAUUGCUGUUGCUUGCGUGUUAGCCAAAACCCUCACUGUGGUUCUGGCAUUCAUGGUGACCAAGCCUGGGAACAGCCUGAGGAAAUGGCUUGGCAAGAGGUUGGCAGGAUCCCUUAUCACCUUCUGUUCUCUCAUUCAAGCUGGCAUCUGCCUUGGGUGGCUGGCAUCCUCUCCCCCAUUCCCAGAGUUUGACCUGCACUCCCAGGAUGAGCAAAUCAUAGUGCAGUGCAAUGAAGGCUCCGACAUCAUGUUCCACCUUAUUCUCGGCUACAUGGGUCUUUUGGCCAUUGUGAGCUUCUCUGUGGCUUUCUUUGCCAGGAAGUUGCCUGAUACUUUCAAUGAAGCCAAGUUGAUUACCUUCAGCAUGCUGGUCUUCUGCAGUGUUUGGCUGUCCUUUGUCCCCACUUAUCUGAGCACCAAAGGGAAAUACAUGGUGGCUGUGGAGAUCUUCUCCAUUUUGGCCUCUACUGCUGGCUUACUGGGUUGCAUCUUCCUCCCCAAAAUCUACAUCAUUAUAUUUAGACCUGAGAUGAACAGUAGAGAGAGGUUAGUAAGGAAGAAGGAUGACCAUAGUUGA